AACACCUUAACCACUCUCUCUCUCUCUCUCUCUCAAAGGAAUUUUUCGAAUCUGAGAAAUCAGAGUGAUUAUGGGCCAGAUCCAGUAUUCUGAGAAAUACUUUGAUGAUACCUUCGAGUAUAGGCAUGUGGUUCUUCCACCCGAAGUUGCGAAACUCCUUCCCAAGAAUCGUCUUCUUUCUGAGAGCGAAUGGCGUGCCAUAGGAGUCCAACAGAGUCGAGGGUGGGUGCACUAUGCGAUUCACAAACCAGAGCCACACAUCAUGCUCUAUAGGAGGCCUCUCAACUUUCAGCAGAACCAAGAAAACCAAGCUUAAGCUUUUACCAGACCCUGCUUGUUAAGUGUCGUAACUUGAUACCAGAUAGAUCAUAUUUAUUAUGUACCAAAAUCUCAUUUCUUCUAGAAAUGGAUGUAAGAUGUAAGAUAUGCUUGAACUUUCUCAUACUUUUAUAAAGUACUAUCUUAAGUAAUACUUGUUAGUAAUGGUUGAUGCAUCUCUAAGGAUGAAGAUUCUGAGGAGAAAAUAGUGGUAAAAUGGUUGUAUCAUGAUGUUUUAUUGCAUGGUUAUGCAC